GUACUUAUUACUUAUUCAAUAAUUAGGUGAAAUAGUUGAGAAAGCUAUAAGAAAACGUGAAUAUCGUAUCAGUCGAUACGACAAAGAGGACAUUGCAUCUCUACAAAUUAAGAAAACUACGAAGCCAUCAUCAUGGCGGGCACGAAGAAGAAACUUCGAGAAAUUGACGCCAAAAGGCCAAGUGAUACUGAACGAUUAGUGACUUGGAUUAGCAGAGUUCGCUGCAAAAAAUUAAUGUGUCGCCGAAAUCGCAGACGCAAUUUACGGAUUGAAGCAAUGCUGACGUGUGCUCUUUUCAAAGCUGAAAGUGAAUUACGCAUCCAGCAAUCAUUUAGAGCUUCAAAAUGGCAGCAACUCAAAAAACAAUUCUUGAAGAAGGUAAAUUAUACAAAUUAUGAACUGUGCAAUGGUGAAGACAUGGAGAAUUCGGGAUUGUGUCAACAGAAAAAUCCCUGGAAAGAGCCAUUGUGUCCUGAAUUGAGCAGUUUAGACGAUUUCAUGUCUAAAUUAUCAGAAAUAAAAGUACCGUUACAACGCUGAAGUAACGGGAAAAAUGCAAGCAACCGGGUCGGGAAGACUUGGAUGCUAUGACUACUUUGACAAGAGGACUCCUCGCAACAUUUUAUCCACCAAAUACAUGUAGAGAUUUCAACAACAACUAUAUGGAAUCUCGAGCGAUUAUGGAGCACCGUGUAUUACGUCGGUGCUGCAGGAAUAGAAAUCACAUUACUAUCCUGAUGUAUAUCUGGAUAUUUUUUACUUGCAGUCUCACCGUUUGAGAUGGCAUUGGGACAUUUGAGAUGGGACAU